UCAAAGUUGACUCAUGCUGUCAAUUCUUAAAAAUACAAACUAAAUAUGAAGCAUAUAUUUAGCGUUAAGGUUUGACUAAAAUAAUUCAUAUUUUUAAUUUUAUAACUAGAUGCAAUUGCAUACAUGUAAUAAAUAACUCUAGUUACCAUACCGUGAGGGGGUAUAUUAAGGUACCCCCUAGUACGGACCAUUCUUGAAUCAGUCGUGUACAUUCUGUCAUAGGAGGUGUAAUUUUAUAUGAAGAAAUUUACGCAAAGAAUAUUAGGACGAUCUUUGAAGUACACGUGGGAAGACUAAUGAAUAAUUAAAGGUUGUGUUAUGAAGUAUAAGAAUAUAAUUAUUUUUUGAUUGUGUGACAAUUAUCCGUAAAAUGCAAUAAUUGAUUGUACUUAUCUCAUUGUAAUAAAUUAUCAUUUUAAAGAAAACAAUGAAAGUAAAUGAAAGUAAAAAUUUUUUCUGAGAACAGCAUGUGCAUACUAUUGCAUAUGACAUAAAUAUUUACUACUUGUGCUUCUCUCUCAUAAUCAAGUGUGAUUAUUUUGUAAAUAAUUCUAAUAGAAUUGUAUUACAAGAAAAUUAUUAAAAUGGCAUCUUCUGCAAUUGAUGAUUUAUUAUCCGGCCCGUUAGUAACAUGGUUUGCUAGCUGUCUUGAAGAUCCUGAUGUAUUAUCUACGUACGAAGAUUUAGUGGAUGGUAUUCUACUGCAUAAUGUUUUUUUACAAAUGAUAAAUUAUUACAGUGAUCCAGAACCUUUGCACGACGAAGUAAUCCCACCCGGUGGAAAUCCAGUUAUUCGUGCAAAAAAUUUGCAGAUUAUAGUUGGAAAUAUGAAACAGUUUUAUGAAGAAGAAUUAGGUCAUGUACUAUUAAGAUUACCUGAUACGAUAAAUUUAGGUAAAGAGCCGGAGUUGCAUAUUGUUGAUAUGAAGUUGCUUUUAUUAUUACUUCUCGGAUGUGCAGUACAAUGUCCCAACAAAGAAAAAUUUAUAACAAAAAUUAAAACUCUUAAUGUUGAUACUCAACUUGCGAUAGUUGAAUGUAUAAAACAGGUUACGGACAAUCAAGAUAUAGUAGUUACUCAAGAUGCUAUGGAAAAUGUUAAUAUGGGUUGUCUUUUCAUGCAAAUAAAAACUAUAGUUCAGGAAUUAAAUUUAUACAAAGAGAAAUGGGGUAACGUAGCCGCGAAUGAAAUCUCUGAAAGAAAUGACUCGUCCAUUAGUGCAGAAGCCGAGGAAAUAAAUAAAGUUCAACAAUCUAAUCCAGUUACAAAAUCCGAAAGAGAAGAUAGUCAUCAUUAUGCCGUUGAGUUAGCCGAUUGGAAGUCAAAAGUUAGAAAACAGAGACAAGAACUGGAAGAAAAGACAGAAGCUUUGCUUGAAUGUAAAGAAGAACUUGAACACAAUAAAGCUUUAUUGGUUAAGCUCAAACAAGAGAACCAGGAAUUAAUGCAUGAAGCACGGACAGCGAAGUCAUACAGAGACGAAUUAGAUGCGGUGAUUGAAAGAGCAGAACGUGCUGAUCGCUUAGAAAUAGAAGUAACACGUUACAGAGAAAAAUUGACAGAUAUUGAAUUCUAUAAAACUCGUAUCGAAGAAUUACGCGAAGAUAAUAGAGUCUUGAUGGAGACACGAGAAAUGCUUGAGGAACAAUUAAGUUCAUCACGAAGAAGAGCAGAUAAGGUUCUGGAACUCGAAUCUGAGAUUAUUAAAUAUAAACAAUUACUCAAUGAUAUGGCUUUGGAACGAGCAGCAGAUAAAGAAAAAUAUCAAGAAUUGAUAGAAGAAAAUGCUCAAUUACAUAGACUAACUAAAGCUGCAGCUAACGAAGCUGCAUUAGCUGGAUCUAUCAGCGAUUCGGAAGAACCAGCACACACUGACAAUAGAUUAUCAGAUCAACUAACUAAUAAUGCACAAACACGAGCGCUUAAAUUAGAAUUGGAGAAUCGACGACUAGUAACAUUAAUUGAUUCAUUGAAGGAAAAUUCAUUUCAUGAAAAUUCAUCUCGUGUUUUGGAAUUAGAAAAGGAAAAGAAAAAACUUACAUUAAAAAUUGAAUCAUUGAAUGAUAAUAGUGAACGAUUAACACAACAAAAUUCAGAUCUUGAAUUAGUAUGUAAACAAGCUUUAGAGGAAAAUAAAAAGCUUCAGAAUUCUCUUAAAAACCAGCGAGCAUCGUUUGAAAAACAACAGCAGGAUCUUCAAAUACAACAUGGGAAGAUGAUGGAGUUAGAGAAACAAUGUGACGUUGUCGUAAAAGAAAAACAACGCGUACAAUCUUUACUGGAGAGCGUACAAAGACGUGCAGACGAUUUAGAACGUACAUUAGAAAUAACAAACCAAAAGGUAGAAGAACUUAAAGAUAUCGAACAUAAAAUGAACGAUAUAAAAUCUAAAUGCACCGAUUUAGAGUCAAAAAUUGCAGUAUUAGAAAAAGAAAAGGAUAUCGCUCAAAGAGAUACACAUAGGUACAAAGAGAUAAUUGAGGAGAAAGAUGUAGCUUUGGACAAAGCAACAAAUACGAUCGAGGUAUUAGAAAGAAAAGUUGUACAACUCGAACAGGAAGUUCAUAAUUCUUUAUCACAAAUUUUAAGAUUACAAGAAGUCGAAAGAUCUAGUAAAGAAUUAGAUUCAAGAGCUGCAAUUGAUAGAGAAACAUUGGAGACAUUGCAAUCAAAGUUAGUUGCAGAAAAGUUAAACACGCAGCAAUUGUAUGCAGUUUUAGAAAAACUUGGUCUUAGUGAUAAUAUGUUAUCUCUUUCUUUGGAUAAUAUAUUGGAAAGAAUUGGACAAAAUCCAGAGGUAAUAAAUCAUGUUAAAAAAUCGAUGAAAUCAGAGUCUUCUCGUUAUCGUUCAGUCAUCGAAUCAGAAUCAACGAAUACAGAUGAAAACAGUCAAUCCGAUCUUAACAGUGCCUUACAAAAAACGAUAGAAUCAUUGAAGAAAGAACAAGAGCAGUUGCAAUCAAAACUAACUGCAACGGAAACAAUGUCAGAGAAUCUUUUAUCAGACAAUACAAAGCUUCAAGUGUACAUAACUACUUUACAAUCUCAAAGUACUUCAUUAGCCUCGCAACACACAGCAUUGCAGCUUGCAAAUUCACAGCUUGUUGCUGAGAAGGAAGAACUUUUGAAAGAACGUAGCAUGCAGCAUCGCGCACACUCGGAAUUACUUCACGAUCAAGAUACGUUACAAUCUUUACACGAGCAAUUAAACAAUGAAUAUGAGAACCUACUUCAUGAGCGUGAAACACUUAAAUCUAGUUUGAGAGAUGUAAAGAAUGAAAUGAGAAUGUUACGUGAGUCGUGUGAAAGAUUGGAAUUGAAGAACAAGGCUCUUUUGACUGACAAAGAGACAUUGAUUAGCAAUGCAAAGAGUUUAAAUAAUUUAAGAGGAGAACAUUCCAAGCUAACGGACGACUUUAGGAACUUAUAUACAGCGACAGAAAAAUUAAAAAUAGAAUAUAGAAAUUUACAAGAGGAUUAUAGAAAAAAUAAAAUAGAGACGAAUAGAUUGAGCUUAAAACAAACUGAAAUGCAAGGUGAACUUAGUAGUAAAGAUGAAAGAUGUUCUAAUCUAGAAUUACAAAUAAAUAAGUUAAAUCAAAGAUGCGAGAUGUUAUUGCAUAUGAAUUCUGGUCUGGAUAACGAUAGACGUUCUUUAAUGGAACAUAUAACUUUGCUUUUUAGUCAAUAUCACGAACUUUUGACGCAUUCGCUCGAAGAUAAAGAACAUUAUCAUAUGGAAGAGAAAAUGUACACGGAUAAAGUUAAUCAUUUAUAUAGGCAAAAAGAAAAAUUGGAAGACAAGAUAAUGGAACAUUAUCGAAAAUUAGAAAACUGUAGUACAAAAAAAAAAGGAUUUGCUCUUGGUUUUGUUCGUAAAGUUAAAAAAGCUAGUUCAGAACUUCUAAACAAGAAACGACGCUCUUGGGCAGACGAUAGCAAACAAUCUGAAGGAAAAACGUACGAAUCAGAAUCUGGUGGAAAUGACUCUGAUGCAAGUAUUGAAGAUCAUCGAGUAACAGGAUCAAUGAAUAACAAAAGUUUAGGAUCCGAAGCAUUUUCACUGGGCCAUCCAGGAACUAGAAGAACGGUUUAUUAUAACGAUGAUUCGCCACCACCUUCUAACACUUUACCGGAGCAAGAGGAUGAUAGACGCACAGUUCAGUUAGAUCAGAAUUUAAGGACCGAAUCGCAAACAGAAGCACGUCCAUUUUUAAUAUACAACAAAGUAUCCGCAGUUAUAAACGAAUCGAAAAAUAUUAAUAGUGGAACGCCAAAAGAUAUGGUUCAAGAUGAAGGCCUUACAGAAACUCCAACAGAUAAGGAUCCAAAAACAGGUUGUCCAAUUUGGUACGAAUAUGGAUGUGUGUAAAUAGAGAUCAUGCUUGUAACAGUUUUAUUCUGUGGACAAAUUUUAAUUAGAUAAGUUAAAUCGAGGUUGAUUAACAUAUUUAGAAGUAUAAUAUAUAGUGAAGUAUUAUAUGUACUAAAGAUUAGAUUAUGUGAUAGUAUGUAAUUUGUGAAUUUUAAGGAUUACGUUUGUUUCUAUGAAUCGAAGUUGAUAAGGAUACGAAUAAGAGUGCUUCCGAGUUCCUAAAAUUUUUUAAUUGGUUCAAGCAGCUUAUAGGGAUAUUCUAUUAAUUUAACGACGCUUUAAUUCGUUAUUAGUUUAUUAUUACAUUACUUCAAUUUUUUCCACAUACAAAAUACUUUUUUUCGUAUUUGGAGAAGAAAAUGCAUCUCUUUCUUUUUUUUUUCUUUUUUUAUUUGUUAUAAUACUAUUUAAGAAUCCUAUUUAGUAUAGGGUUCUAUGACGAACUGGAAAUAUUUAAGACUAGACUAUAUGUAUGGAGUGCACGUUUUUUCAUCAUUUCGAUGAAUAACGAAUACAUAUUUAUUUCUAUAAAUCAUCAAAAAUUUAGAGAUAAUAGGUACCGAUACAAAAUUUUUAAACCUUCAUAGACAAAAAAAAAUACUAUUACUAUCAGAAUGCAAAGAGAUAUAGUAGAAAUUUUAUUCUUUCGUAUUUCUAUACAAUGUGAAGAUCAAUUGUGUACAAACUUGGUGCAAACGAAGACACAAGUAUAUUCGAUCGCAACAAUUAUUAUUAUAUUUGCUAACUUUCUGAAUCUAAAUAGGAACCGAUUUUAUCUUAUUAAAACUUUUUUCUUUUUUAUCUUAUAUCACGUCAUGUUAAACUAUAUUUUUAAAUCGAUGCAUUAAGACCAACGAAAGUUUUAAUUAAUUAAUUUACUCAUAUCACAUUUUGUCGCAUUUACUAUAAUAUUUUUAUAAUUUACAAGAAUAUAUUUAUGUACUUAUAUAUGAUAAGUUUUUUUAAUACGAUUCGUAUUAGAUACUAGCUUAUCUCAUCAUUUACUUGCCAUUAAUGUGUUCUCUUUAAUUAUAAGUUUUUUAUAUUUUAAAUUUAUAUACGCGCGCAUAAUGCGAUGUAAUUUGUAACCGUGUGUUAUAUAGAAAAUCGAAUAAAAAAAAAAAGAAAAAAAAAGAGACAAUAAAAUUGACGAAUCCAUUACAUUGACCGACGUAAUACGACAAAGUAAUAAUAAAAAACGUUUAAAGUUUCGUACGCAAGGACAGUGAUCGAGACAAUGCUAUAGAUUAUAGAACAUCAAUAUUUCUUUUAUCCCGACCGCAGUCUAAUUUGAAAACAAAUUUUCUACUCUACGUUAAAAGUUUUUGAGAUAAUACUUUUCAUGCAUUAUGAAUUUACAUAUCUCGUGGAAAUUGAAGAAGAUCUCUUUCCUUAGUUUUUCCUCGGAAAUAAACAUUUCUUUUUUUACGGAGACGUUUACAGUAUCCGUGAGAAGAUUUUCGCGAGGUAUUGUCGAAUAUAUUUCACGAAUAAUUCGAGUCGUUUAAUAGACAUCCAUCGUCAAACAUAAAAAAAAAGGACGAAAGAGACAAAAAAUAAAACGAUGAGAAUCGAAGUAUACCGCGAAAAUUUCAAAUCAUUCGAUAGUUAACUUCACCUGUCAUCCCCUGAGCUCGUACCAAAGACAACAGUUUCAAAGUCCUUUGAAAAUUUUCUCGAAACAUAAGAGAGUUCGUAGGAUAACCUAUAAAAAUGUUGGUUGCGUGUUGGUGAGAAAGAGGGAGAGGGUGUAAAGAGAAGAUUGUACGUUCCUUUGCGCACGAGGGUUGCAUAAAACGGGGAGGAAAAACAGGAAGAGAGAGAGAGAGAGAGAGA